AUGAACUAUUGUGACCAAAGAGCAUCAAGCCGCAGCCUCGGCGCGCUCAACCUCACCAUCACGCCUCAUUUCACCGUCGACGAAGCCGACCGGCUGUCCGUCCACCUCACCCUCCACGACCCCCAGUGCGCAGCCCACCACCCGCUCUUCCUCUUCGAGACCUCCUACGGCAACGUCCCGGCCCACCCAUACAACGAACACGACAUCACCGCAUCCGACGCAGCGGGCCAGCUAUCUCUGUCCUUCACCGGCCCGACCGACCCGACCAACACAGACCAGGAAUGGCGUGUCGACCGCGACACAGUCGGCGACGUCCAGCUGCGCUUCCGCGUGACCCCGCGGGCCGUCGAUCUCACGACGCCGAUCGGCCCGCGGGUCGACCUGCGCCGCGACCAGGGGGGGUUGAUCGGCAACGGGCGCUGGUUCCUGCCCCGGCCGGCGCACGAGCGCGUCUACCGGCACGUUGUGGCGUGGGACCUCUCGCACGCGCCCCCGCGGACCCGGGCCGUCUGGUCGUUCGGGGAGGGACCGGACCCGGUGGUCAGGGCUGGACCGCCGACGGUGCUCAUCGACUCGGUGUAUAUGGUUGGACCGAUCGAGAGCUAUCCACGCAACAAUCACGCCGUUGCUGCUGCUGCUGCCCCACGCGCGCAAGUGUUCUGGUUCGGCCAGCUGCCGGAGAAUCUGCAGCGGCUGAAUCCGUACACCAUCCUGCUGUAUCCCAAACUGGCGGCGUUCUUCCGGAAUCCUGAUGCGGUUUCGUAUCACAUCUUCAUCCGACGAGUGCUUCGCGGGUUUGGAGGUCAUGGCUGUCAGGGGAGCUAUGUGCUGGAGUACGAUGCGUCGAGCACGGAGGAGACGGAGGAGGAUCUGGUGGCGCUGUUCUCGCACGAGAUGGUUCACAGCUUUGUGAAGAUGGGGCCGGAGGCGGAUGGGUAUGGGAAUGGGUGGUUUAUUGAAGGGCUCGCACAGUUCUACUCCGCCUACCUGCCCUACCGAUUCGGUCUCCGCGGGGCGGAGUAUCUGCGCAACCGCAUCAAUGCAUACCUAAGCGCCUACGGGACCAGCCCGCGCAUCGGCAUGGAUGCGCGCGAUUCGCAGGCGGAGUUCUACGACGACUGGUAUGCAGAGCUAAUCCCGUAUAUGCGGGGUUUUGCCUACCUGCUGCAGGUGGACAGCCGUCUGCGGAAGAUGACGGGACGGUUCGGGCUAGACGCGGACAGCCCGCUGGAUGAGGUUGUGAUUGGCAUGGCGAGACGGUGGCGUAGCGGAGAGCGACUUCGGGCGAGCGACUGGCUGGACUAUCUGCGACCGUUCCUGGGUGCGGGGGUCGCAGGCGAGCUGCAGGAUAUGCUGCGCGGUAGGCAAGAGAUCCUUGAGUUUGGAUUCAGUUUAGCGAGUGUCAACCGGCGUGUGAUCUGCGGGGUCGUGCUGGGAUCGAGGGCUGCCAAUGCUGGCCUGGAGGACGGGUUGCCGCUGGUAUCCACGACGCGUGCGGGUCGUUGUUCCACGUCUCUGUCGGCCAUGAUGGAUGUGGUAGUUGAGCGAGGCGGCGACAGGGUGCAGAUCUCAUACUGGCCACGAUCAUUUGAGAAGGCGAGAGUCUGGCGAUUGGAGUGGUCGUGA